GGUCUCCAGCUCCAGUGGAUUUGACAGGAGCCAACAGUUCAACACAACACCACUUUCAGGAAACUAGAAGUUAGGUGUCGGACCUGUAACUUGUAGAAGUUAGACAUAUUCACGUUGAGUUAAAACAUACAACUGUUGAAUAACGACAGUAUUGAUACAUGUGUAGGUAGACGGCGAUAAUGUUGGACCCUGCGGGAGGAUGAUGAAGAAGAGAUUGUGGCGAGUUGUGUCAGCGUGCCUACUUGUGUUAUUACUGUGUUGGCACCCCACUAAAUAUGUUAGCUGCACAGAGCAACCCCCAGAGGCUCAGACCCAGCGUCUGAAGGAAGAUCCUGGUGACAGGUCCCAUCACAAGGGUGUUGUUCAGUUAGAGGAUGGCUGGGGGUCCCAGUAUGUCCAGCACCUAUCUGAAGAGGAGGUGCUGCCAGAGGGAGAGGAGGUGGAGACACAGCAGCAGGGCCUAGCAGAGGAGGAGGGGGCGGGGACUCCAGGCACUGAGGUGGAGAACAAGGAGCAUGUACAGACAUUGGACCUGGACGAUUCUGAGAAGGAGCCAGAGACGGCAGAACCAGACCUGCCCUCAACCCCGUCACUGAAGACCCCUCCAUGCCCCAUGGCUCAUCCUCUAGUGUACCAGAGGAUACUUUGUCUGAUGUCCCUGUAUCGGAAUUCAGCGAUACUGAUCUUGCCACAGACGACUGUGAAGCUGGAGAAACCAACCCCUUUGAUGAAUCCUGGACCUGCGUGAGUAGCGGCUCCAAGAUCCAGGACCAGAGUCCCAGUCUUCCUGUUGUCCUGGAGAAACUUAACAAUGCUCGAGGAAAAGGCACCAAGACCGACAUAGACCCCCCCCCGGCCCAGGCAGGUCAGGCCUCAGUGGGACUGGCUCAGGGGGCCAACACCUCCCACAUGCUGAAAGAACCGGGCUUGAGCUCACGCAUCGCUACGGAGAAGGAUCCUAAUGUGGCAACCAAGGAUGCGGAGGACAUCCCCACCUUUGACGAGUGGAAGAAGAAAAUUAUGGAGAAGGAGAAGACUCUGGCCACUCACAUCUCCACCAACGGCGGCUCCCACGCUGUAAAGAAGGUGCAGAAGAACUUCAACAACUAUGCCUCGGUGGAGUGUGGGGCCAAGAUCCUGGGUUCUAACCCAGAGGCUAAGAGUACUUCAGCCAUAUUAAUGGAGAGCAUGGAUCAUUACAUGUUAAACCCCUGCAGCAACAAGAUCUGGUUCAUCAUCGAGCUGUGCGAUCCCAUCCAGGUGAAGCAGUUGGACAUUGCUAACUUUGAGCUCUUCUCCUCCACACCCAAAGACUUCCUGGUCUCCAUCAGUGACAGGUACCCGACCAACAAGUGGGUGAAGCUGGGCACUUUUCAUGCUCGGGAGGAGCGCACUGUUCAGAGUUUCCCUCUGGACGAGCAUCUGUACGCCAAAUAUGUCAAGAUGUUCACCAAGUACAUAAAGGUGGAGCUGGUCUCUCACCAUGGAUCUGAACACUUCUGCCCCCUCAGUCUCAUAAGGGUUUUUGGAACGAGUAUGGUGGAGGAGUAUGAGGAGAUCGCUGACCCCCUGGACAGACCAGACGACCAGGAUGACCACCUCGAUUAUCCUCCUGGAUACGUUCCUGCAGAGGACAAGGCUUCAAAUGACCUCAUAGGAUCAGCCAAGYACGUCAUUCUGAACAUGGUGAACAACAUUAAAGUCAACGUGCUGGGGGGAGGACCAGGUGAAGGGAACUUCUCUAGCCAGACAGUGAACCUGACUGUCGUUACAUCAUCUGACCCUGACACCACUACCACCCUCAGCCCAGUGGCCUAUUAUCCUCCUGGAUACGUUCCUGCAGAGGACAAGGCUUCAAAUGACCUCAUAGGAUCAGCCAAGYACGUCAUUCUGAACAUGGUGAACAACAUUAAAGUCAACGUGCUGGGGGGAGGACCAGGUGAAGGGAACUUCUCUAGCCAGACAGUGAACCUGACUGUCGUUACAUCAUCUGACCCUGACACCACUACCACCCUCAGCCCAGUGCCUGACGCUGCAGAGGUGGAGCAGCCUGAAGUACUAGAGGACAUUGAUGUCACUACCACAGAGGAACCCAAACCAGAGCAUGUAACUGAAGAGGAGCAGGUAGUCUCUCCUAUAGAGGAGAAGGAGGAGGUCCAGUCUAUAGUCACCAUGCUGGAGGAGGAGGAGGAGGAUGGGAGGGAGAGAGAGGAGCACCGUUGCCCUGGCCAUCGACAGCAAGAAAGCCUUGACUACUGUGGCCUAUCUUCCUCCUCUUCUUGCUCCUGCUCAGCCUCCCUCCAGGAGUACCUCGUUCACCAGUGUUCCUUUCAGAGGAACUAUACCAGCCAGGAGAGGAAACCAGAGGCUACUCCAGCUCCAGUCACCCCCACCACCCCGUCACAGCAGCUGCCCAUCUCCUCCACGCRCACUCAGACACCCCAGCAGCCACACACUCAGGGGGAACAGGAGAGAGAGCCCAGCUCUGCCCAUGGGGAGAGAGAAGCCAGGCCCACUGACAUCCCACUACACCUUCCAUGGGUUGAGGCAGUGGGAGAGGUAGAGCCCAGUAUGGAGCUGCCCCACCUAGAGCCCAGCCAGACCUCCACCCUGCCCAGACCCAGCUCCACCGACACCUCCAGCUCUGCCGCCAGGCCCACACCUGCCGUGGAGCCUCCACUCCACACCUCAUCCAAAGACCUGCCUGGGCAGAAGCACCCCAUCACUGGGGCAGAGAAAAGCCAGGAGGUGCAGCAGGAGGAGAUCAGGCAGCCUCCCACUGUCGCCAGCUCCAGUGGCCCAGUGGAGCAGAGCUGGGGAACCCCUGUAGAGWGGCCCUGUCCGGAAGUCCAGCCUGUAGAACAAGACAACAUCCCGGUCAUCCACCAACCACAUGUGGCUGAUCCACUCCCCCCACCCCUCCUCACUACCUCCACCCCCACAGAGCAGCAGCAGCCUCCGGGAUCCCCACCUAAACCAGCGGGUGCCGGCGGCGGCAACACUACUCCUGAGGAGCAGAACUCUGUCCCCGUCGUGGUCAUGACGGAGCCUCCCUCGCACGGCCAGGGCCAGGCCGUGGCCACUGAAACCAAGGGGGAGGCGGAGCUUUUGGAGGACCUCUUCACCCCGUCGCCCAAUGGUAAUGGGCAGCAGCUGCCUCGCCCCACCUCRUUCCAGCCCCCCUCUCCUUCCCCUUUAGACUUCUAUGCAGAGCGCCACAACGCCACGGAGCAGGGGAACGGGAACCCGAUGCACGGCUCCACCAGCCAGAAGGAGUCUGUGUUCAUGAGGCUCAACAACCGCAUCAAGGCCCUGGAGAUGAACAUGUCGCUGAGCGGACGCUACCUYGAGCAACUCAGCCAGAGGUACCGAAGGCAGAUGGAAGAGAUGCAGAGGGCUUUCAACCAAACCAUCAUCAAACUGCAGAACACAUCCAGGAUGGCAGAGGAGCAGGACCAGAGACAGACAGAGUCCAUCCAUUCGUUGCAGGGCCAGCUGGAGGKCCUCACACAGCUGGUGCUCAACCUGUCUGUCAGAGUCAGCCAGCUGCAGAGCCAGGUUUCAGACAGGCAGAGUUACCUCCUGCUGUGCCUGGUGUUGUGUUUGAUCUUGGGCCUGCUGCUGUGUGUCCAGCAAUGUCGCAUGACUGCCAUGCAGCCUCCCUCCACAGACCCUCCUAUAACCUACAGCUACUGCUCCCCAGAGAGGCGUUUCUCUGAAUAUGAAGACAUGAGCUUGAAGAGACGAGCCUCAUAUCCUCUCCUGCACUCUGAUUCCUUUCAGUUACCUACCACUGAAGGUGCAGAGUCACUGCAAACUGUUGAACCAAUUAAUUUCCCACCAGCUAAUAAAAAGAAACGCAGUAAGAUGAAGACCGUGGAGACCCUGAAGUGCACUGCUUUCUGUGCUCCUUUGCUUGCUAACCGAGCACCCAUAUAUGAUGGCCGUGGCACCAUGGACCCUCUACCCCGCACGGGGCAUCUCAGCCACCCUGCCUUCAGGGACCCCCCGUCUGAGGGCAGCUCCGAGGGCUCCUCCCAGUCAGACGUGCCCUCCUUCUGCGGCCUCGCUGCUGCCUCCUGCACGCYCCUCUGUGAUGGCCUACCCCCGCCCAGGAGCAGGGCAGAGACGCGGGCGUUCAAGCCUGGGCGCGUGGAUCUCCUGCAGGCCCUGCGGAGAGACGGGAGCGAAGCUACACCCACCAUCCUCACCCUGCAGGACCUCAUCGGGGGGGAAAAAGAGCUAGCUGCAGGGAGGCUGGGAGUGAUGGCGCUCUGAGGUCCUGUCUGACACAGACUGCUCCUCCUUCAGACUCUGGAACACUCAUCCUCUGAAAGGAGGGUUGUUGUUAUCUCUGUAUACAUAGGAGGCUUUAAGCUAGGACACAAGAGACAAUUCCUCUCCUUCCACCUCCUAACCAGCAUGUUAUGUUCUGUCCAUGUUCUCUGGCAAACCUUUUGUUAUGAGGUUAAUAAUGGCAACCUUAAAAGAUAAGUAAACUUUUUUUUUAUACCAAAUCUGUAUUUUGGAUGUAAAUGGCAUGUUCUAGAAUAAAACAUUAACAAAAGCUCAAAAAAUCACCUAAAUAUGUCAUUUUAGAAACUUUAUCUGCAAUGUUAUAUUUCAUUUUGUGCGACUCAAGCAGUUUCCCCUAUCCAUCUGUGCUUAUUUUCCGUGCAGUCCGAGCAUGCGCACCCAGAAAAGUAUUAUGGGCUACACGGAGAAGUAUGGCUCGAGCUGCACAAUAUGAAAUAUAAUGUUGCCAAUAAAGUUUGGAGUGACAAAAUGUAAUGUGUACAACAUCUAAAGACCUGCAUCACUAUAGUGAGAGUGUUGCCAUUUCUAAAAGGAUGUAUUUGGGUGAUUUUAGAGCUUUUGUUUUGCUUUAUCCACACCCUGGCACUGCAGAAUGAGCAGGAGGAAGUCUAUCUCUGGUUGGGGUAAGUUUAUCAAAAACAAGUGAAAUCGCAAAAAGAAUSUCUGGGCACUUCUAUAACAUCCCAUUUACAUUCAAAAUACAGAUUUGGUAAAAA